AUGGAAAAAGAAAAGCCGUUCAAACUGUUCGUGCCUCCGCGCCUGAGCAGCGGGCAGGUGUCUGCAGUGAAACCCCAGGCGAGCGCUCGGGCGACGGGGCUGUGUCGGGGUUUUAACAAAUGCCCAGAUGAUGACUUUAAUUUGCCGUUUGUAACGAGUACACCAAACCGUGGUGAAAUCACCAACUCAGAUGCAGUUUCACAGGAAGUAAAACUUGGCGCUGAGGUAGAUGAAGAGAACAUAGAAACAGUGAAUGAAUUGUAUUCAAAACUCUACAAAGAGGCUGAGAAGAUCAAGAGAUGGAAACUAACUGUAGAGUCAGAACUAAAGCAGAAAGAAAGAAAACUGCAGGAAAACAGAAAGAUUAUUGAAGCGCAGCGUAAAGCCAUUCAGGAAUUGCAGUUUGAAAAUGAAAAACUAAGUUUAAAACUGGAAGAUGAGCUAUCUGAAAAUAAAGAUCUCUUAAAAGAAAACAGCGCCUCAAGGCAUCUGUGUAACCUGCUCAAGGAGACCUGUACUCACUUCACAGAGAAGUCCACCAAAUAUGAACAUGAAAGAGAAGAAACAAGACAACUAUACGAGGAACUUAAUAACAACGUUGAAAGGAUGAUAGUGGCAUUUGAAGAGCUUCGUGUGCAAGCAGAGAACACCAGACUGGAAAUGUGUUUCAAAUUAAAAGAAGAAGCAGAAAAAGUGGACAAGCUUGAAAAAGAAUGCCAACUGGAAGUCAGUGUGAAGGAAAAGCAGAUUUCAGCUCUUACCAUACAGAGUGAUGAAAAAGAUGAUAUAAUAAGAGAUAUGGAGACUCAGCUGCAGGAAUCAAAAAAUAAGAUUGCUGCCUUAGAAGAAGCAAAAAGACAUGAAGGAGAAAUGCUGAAGGAAUCUCGGAUCAGUCAAGAACAUUUGAGGGCAGAGCUGGAAGAGGCCAAAGUUUCAUUGCAAAAAAUAGAGGUUACUCAGAAGAGCUUAGAAGCUGAACUGCAGACUGCAGUGAAAGCAUUAAUUGAGAUGACUGGAGAAAAAGAAGCACAGGUAGAAGAAUGUAAAAAGACUAAGGCUUUGCAUGCAUCCCUGAGAGAGGAGUUUGAGACUUCCAUUUCCAAUUUGAAAAGCUUGCUGCAAAAAGAGCAAAAUAGAUCAAAGAAGUAUGAAGAUGAGUCAAAGCUACUGACCUUGGAGCUCAGAAAUAAAUCUGCUGAACUGGAAGAGAUGACUAAACUAACAUGUGACAAAGAAAUGCGACUGGAAGAGCUGUCGGAAACACUGGGAAAAGUUGAAGGACUUCUAGUGAAAAAGCAAGAUCUUGAGGCUACUUUAGAAGAUUUGCAGGAGAGAGAAAAAGAAACGAAAAAUGUUCUGCAAAUCAGAGAGAAAGAAAUCCAAGAUUUGAAAGUCCAACUGACCAGUACAGCUGAAAAGGAACAAAAUUAUUUAGACCAGCUUAAGGCACUGAACACAGAUCUUGAACAAGAGGCGCUAAAGAAUGAACAACUAACAGCAUAUAUCAAUGAGCUUUCAUUAGAAAAAGAGCAGAUAGCACAGGAGAAAAGUGCUGUGGCUACAGAACUGGAGAAACUACAAGAGAGUCAUGAGGAUAGUAGGAAAAAAGAAGAAAAUACAAAGCAGUUAGUUGAAAACCUGGAAGAAGCAAAUGGCCAGCUGAGAAAUGAACUGGCAUCUUUGAAGGAGAAGAUGGCAAAGAAAGGUGAAGAAAUUAAAAGUAAACUGGAUGAAAGAGAAGAAAAUGCAAAGAACAUUGAAAAUGAAAUUUCAAGAAAGGAAAAGCAACUGAAAAUUUUAGAAAAUAAGUUGAAUACUUUAAAGAAACAAGUGGAAAAUAAGAACAAAUGCAUUGAAGAGUUGCAACAGGAGAAUAAGGUGCUGAAAAAGAAAAUCACUGCAGAAAGCAAGAAGACAAGUAUUUAUGAAGGGAAGGUGAAUAAAUUAGAGUUAGAGAUGGAAAAUAUGAACAAGCAACAUAAGGAAAAAAUUGACAUCUUUGAGAAGGAAGUUGAAACAAAAAAAGUAAAUGAAAGUAAACUUCUUGAAGAGGUGGAAAGAAUGAAGUUGCUUGUUCAUGAAGCAGCAGCAGUUCAGAGAGAAACUGAUAUCCGAUGUCAGCACAAGAUAACUGAAAUGGUGGCACUUAUGGAAAAGCACAAACAUGAAUAUGAUAAAAUGGUUGAAGAAAAAGAUACUGAGUUAAAACUUUAUAAAGUAAAAGAUCAAGAGCAGUUCUCAUCAAAGAGAGCAUUGGAGAAUGAGCUCUCGUGUUUGAAAAGUGAACUGUCAUCCCUUAAGGAACAGCUUAAAGCAGAAAUUGAAGAGAAGGAGAAUCUUGCAAAAAAAGCCCUCCAAAAUAUGGCUCCUGAAAAUGAGAAGAAGCACAAGAAAAUACAGACUCAUUUUGCUGAGACUCCUAAACCUCAAUUUGAUCUGGACUAUGAAUCUAUUAAUAUGAAGAAUAAAAAGUCUCCAAAUGAUAUUCCUACAAAAGUCAACAUGAUGGAAAAGACUAAAAUGCCUCCUUCAGUAUCUGCAAAGAGUCCCCUGGGUAGUCCAUCAUUCAAGGGUUACAUGAUAAAGACUCCUCCACUACAGAAACUGCAGAGUGAAAGCACAAAUGUGCUCUCAGAGCAGAGCAUGAGGAAGAAGCAGAAAGUGCUGCUCCAGCUGGACACGCAGUCAGACAGCUCCGAGCAAAGUGACCUCCUGAGCCUAGUCUCAGAGGAAGAAAUGUUUAAAAACCUGUACAGGGAUUAUCCUCAGGCUUCACACUUGUAUACCAUGACACCAAAAAAGAAAGCAGCUACAUUAAAUGUGAAGACCCCAGGCUCUGUGCUGAAAUUGUCAACUAUGAGGAAGAUGCGUGAGGCAGGAUGGACUGCAGUUUCCAAACUGGACAGGAAAAGGAAAAUGAAAGAAGCUGAGAAGCUCUUUACUUAA